AUGCUCGUAACGAAACAGCACCUAGCAGCACCUCUGGUUUCGAGUGCGACUGCACCUCUCACAAAUGAUCAAGACACCUCUUUGGAGUGUUGGCGGUCGUUAUAUCUGAGCAACUUGCCGUCAAAUGCGACUGCUACAUCUAUUUUGAACCUGGUAACUACUGGACUGGUGGAGAAUAUGAGAUACAUACCGCACAAGAAUGCUGCCUAUAUUUCAUUUCUCGACCACGCUGCUGCAUCUGAGUUUUUCACCAGCUUAAUUAUCAAUGGGCCGGUGCUUGGCGGCAACCGCUUAUUCGUUUCCUGGGCACGGGCACCUCCUCUGUCAAAGGAGGUGAAACGUGCAGUUGAAGAGGAUGGGGCCUGUCGAAAUGUUUACAUUGGCAAUCUUCCAAGCACAGUCACUGAGAAUGAUGUCUGCAAAGCGCUUGCCUCGUGUGGUAUAAUUGAGACCAUCAAGGUCAACUACUCAACGCGUGUCGCCUUUGCACACUUCCAGUCAAUUUCAUCAGCAAUUAAAGCAGUCAAAACACUCAAUGAAACACCGCCGUGGAAUACCUACAAAAUUGCGUAUGGUAAAGACCGGUGCCUCCACUUUUCAAGAAUGCAGAGACAGGCAGCUGCCAUCUAUCUGGGCAUUUCAAGUAAAAGCUUCUCUCUUGAUAGCAUUUCCAAUGAAGCGAUAGCGCGUACACUUGCUCAGCAAUCCUCAGCUGCGAUCACAGUUGCUACGACAUCAGGUGGUAUCGUAAACAUCGGUAAUAGAUGCGUGUUACUCUCUCAAUUGCCACAUGACGUUCGGCUGGAUGAAAUCUGCAAUGCAACCAGAGGCGGGGUUCUCGAGAAGAUUGUCUACAGCCCCACAACCAAGGUGUGUUUUGUCACAUUCAUUGACCCAAUUGCUGCUACUCAAUUCUACGCGCUUUGGAGCUUGUAUCCACUGAGCAUUAGGCGACAGUCCGUUACAGUUUCCUGGGGGCCACAUCCAGGGCCCUUGGAGCAAUCCUUGGCAGAGGCGUUAAACCAUGGGGCUACAAGGAAUGUUUAUCUUGGAAACAUCUCACCAGAAUUGAGUAAAUCUCAGCUGCUCGAAGAUUUCUCCAAGUUUGGUGAGAUUGAACAAAUAAACUUUUUACCUGAACGUAUGUGCGCAUUUGUGAAUUUCACCGAUAUCAGGUUUGCCAUGACUGCAGUGGAGAGUGUUCCAAAGCUCUCAAAAUAUAGAAAUGUGCGUAUCCGAUUCGGCAAGGAUCGAUGUGGACGCCAGCCCCGCUUGCUUUACGGAGGUCGACUCACUGAAAAUAUGCCACUGGGUUGGGUAUUAUUUGAAUAUUUGACAAAAUCACAACCCUUUUACGCUCAUACAGAUGGAAGGGGUCCCAAUGGACCCAUAGUGCCGGCAUUUUCUGGGGAGCAUCAAAUGAAGUAG